UAGCCCAAGAAUGAGUCAUUGGUUAACCCGUCGCGAGGGAGAAGUAGCCGAUAAUAAAAACACUCGUGCCGCACCUUCGUCUUCCCCAAUGCUUCUUUCCACACGCAUCUCGGAAUCCCCUUUCUUCAUCGCAUAGAUACUUUCGCUAGCCCACCAAGUAACCCUUAUUCCAAUUCACCCUCGCCACUCCUUAGAUCGAAAUCAUUUUUUUUCGCCCGGCACAGUGAGUUAAUCUUAUUUUCAUCCACUCUCUAACCUGUUUCACCUUUCAUAACUCGAUUUUAAUUAGCCACUGAUUGCAUUAUUGUUUCAUCUUCUGUUUCCAGUGGAUCGAGAUCCUCUCUUGUUUCUCUGUUUCAAUUUGGAUUCGAAUUUGAAUUUCAGUUAAUCUCGUUUUCACUGCCAGGUGUUCAAUCUGGGUCUCCAAAUGCAAAACCAGAUCUUGUUGACGGAGACUCGGCGGUUUCCAAUAACGCGACAUUGGAAACCAUUGUUCAAAGUUUCCAAGAUUCAAUGUCUCUUGGUAAGAGACACAAGUUCUGGGAAACUCAGCCUGUGGGGCAAUACAAGGAUGUUGGGGACUCCAGUUUGCCCGAGGGCCCGAUUGAGCCCCCAACUCCUUUAUCUGAGGUCAAGCAGGAGCCUUACAACCUUCCUAAUGCUUAUGAGUGGACAACAUGUGACAUGGACUCUGAGGAAAUCUGUGAUGAAGUUUAUGUUCUGCUCAAGAAUAACUAUGUUGAGGAUGAUGAGAACAUGUUCAGGUUCAACUAUUCCAAGGAAUUUCUAAGUUGGGCUUUGCGGGUUCCUGGCUAUUACCAGAGUUGGCACAUUGGCGUGAGAGCCAAGACAUCGAAGAAGUUGGUUGCUUUCAUCAGUGGCAUCCCCGCCAGGAUCAGGGUUAAUGAGGAGGUUGUGAAGAUGGCUGAGAUCAAUUUCUUGUGUGUUCAUAAGAAGCUCAGGUCAAAGAGACUUGCGCCUGUUAUGAUCAAGGAAGUCACCAGGAGGGUUCAUUUGGAGAAUAUUUGGCAGGCGGCUUAUACGGCAGGAGUUGUUCUUCCAACGCCGAUCACAACUUGUCAGUAUUGGCACCGAUCGUUGAAUCCGAAGAAGCUAAUUGAUGUUGGAUUUUCAAGGCUUGGGGCUAGGAUGACGAUGAGCCGCACUAUAAAACUUUACAAAUUGCCUGAUUCAACGGUUACUCCUGGAUUCAGGAAAAUGGAGCUUCGGGAUGUCCCUGCUGUUACUCGGCUGCUUAGGAACUACUUGAGCCAGUUUGUUGUUGCACCUGAUUUUGAUGAAAAUGAUGUUGAACAUUGGCUUCUUCCCAAUGAGAAUGUGGUGGAUAGUUUCUUGGUGGAGAGUCCAGAGAAUCAUGAGAUCACAGACUUCUGCAGCUUCUAUACUCUCCCUUCUUCCAUCCUUGGAAAUCAAAAUUACUCAAUUUUGAAAGCUGCUUAUUCUUAUUAUAAUGUCUCCACCAAAACUCCACUGACUCAGUUGAUGAAUGAUGUGCUGAUUGUAGCAAAGCAAAAGGAUUUUGAUGUUUUCAAUGCAUUGGAUGUAAUGCACAAUGAGAGUUUCCUCAAAGAGCUCAAGUUUGGACCGGGAGAUGGACAGCUCCAUUACUACUUGUACAAUUAUAGGAUUCGUAGUGCCUUGAAACCAUCUGGACUUGGACUUGUGCUCUUGUAGUUUGAUACUAUUCAGUUUUGGUUUCAGUAUGUAAUUGGAAAAAACAUUCAUUUGUUUUGUCUAUUAGCUUGUUGUUUCAACAUUGUUUUGUGUUCCUUUCAAAUAUUGCCAAUUAACAUAUUAGGUUUUCAGGGUAUGUGAGAGCCCAUCUUAUGGCAGACUUUCUGCUAAUGUGCUUAUACUGCAAAAUUCUGAAGUUGUUAUGGUCUGCUACUUCAGUUUCCUUUUUGCUCUA